CUAAAAGAAAGAAUCAUAGAGUUGAGAGAGAGAGAGAGGAAGAAGAAGGUUAUGAAGUUUUGUGAUGCAAAUUUCGGAUUGAAGCAGAAAUGAUAACCCGAAUCUUCCUCUUGAUCUCAAUUUCGCUUGCUCUUACAGCUUCUAUUACUGGACAGAGUCAAAUCGGAUUCAUUAGCAUUGAUUGUGGUUCACCUGAUCACUUAAGCUACGACGACCCCGAUACAGGCAUCAAAUACACCUCAGAUAAUUCCUUCAUAAACGCCGGCAUAAGCAAAAACAUAUCCACUGAAUAUCAAUAUCCAAAAAUUCUCAACCAGUCACUUCCUCUUUCAGACUUAAAAUCCUUCCCUAAUGGAAACAAGAAUUGCUAUUCUCUAAGAUCUAAUAGACCAAAGGGUAGUUUAAAUCUCCUCAGAGCUUCAUUCAUAUACGGAAACUACGAUAAUCAAAGCAAACUCCCAGAAUUCGAUUUAUAUCUCGAUGUCAGUUAUUGGUUUACUGUAAAAUUCACAAGUUUUUCUGAAAUAGUCAUAACAGAGGUCAUAAGUGUUUCUCAAUCAGAUACAACUUAUGUUUGUCUUAUAAACAAGGGUCUAGGCACUCCUUUCAUCUCUUCUUUAGAGCUAAGGCCGUUAACCAGUUCCAUUUACAAUCUCGAAUUGGGUACAAAUGGAUUGUUAGUUCUUUUCAAUAGAUUUGACAUUGGAUAUACAAACGGAAGCGGUCGAUAUCAAGAUGAUACAUUCGAUCGUAUUUGGAAACCUUAUAGUUCUUCUCCUUCUUGGGAAACAUUCGCCACUCCGAUCGAUAUCAAUGUUGUUGAAAAUGGCAAUAGAGCACCACAGGAAGUGAUCAGAUCGUUUGUGAAGCCUAAGAAUCCAAAUGAUUCUUUGGAAUUGUACUGGAAUGAAACAGAUGUUGGUUCUAGGUUUUAUGUUUAUUUAUACUUUGCUGAACUUGAACAACUGAGGAAUCAAUCGAGAGUAUUCAAUGUUUCUUGGAAUGGAUUGCAUCUAUUUGGACCCAUUUCUCCACGUUUUCGUUACGCAGAAACAGCAUGGAGUUUAACAGGCUUAGUCGCGAAAGAGCAUCGGAUUUCUAUCUAUAGAACAGGAAACUCGACGCUCCCACCCAUUCUCAACGCUAUUGAAGUCUAUACUCUCAAACCGCUUCAAGGAUUACUAACAUAUGAUCAAGAUUUUGAUGCGAUUACGAGUAUCAUAACAGCAUACCAACUGACAAAAUAUUGGAUGGGCGAUCCGUGUGGUCCGCAGAAUUUCGUUUGGGAAGGAUUGCAGUGCAGCUAUACUGAAACAGCUCAACCUAGAAUCAUUUCACUAAACUUGUCGUCGAACAGCUUAACCGGAGUGAUAUCAACUUCCAUAUUGAACCUUACAUCGAUACAGAUAUUGGAUUUGUCGAAUAAUAGAUUGUCUGGAAGUAUACCCGAAUUCCUCGGUGAACUACAAUCACUGAGAAUUUUGAAUUUAAAGAACAACAAUUUUUCUGGACCUGUCCCUACUAGUGUUCUUAUGAAAUCUAGGAAUGGAGGGCUCAAUCUCCUUGUGGAUGAUCAAAAUGUUUGUCAGACCCGAGGAUCGUGCAAAAAGAAGAAUUCAAUGACUGCUAUAGUCGCAUCGGUAACAUCUACAAUCGCUUUGGCUAUUAUUGUGAUAAUUAGUUUGUUGGCUUAUAGAAAUUGGAAAUCAGGGAAAAGCGUCGAGUAUACAGAAGAUUCUUUAGGAACAAAAAAGAGGAAGUUCAGUUAUGGUGAGAUUGUACAGAUUACGAAUGACUUUAAAACCGUGGUAGGAAAAGGAGGAUUCGGUAGCGUAUACCUUGGACGAAUGGAAAAUGAUGAUGGCACACAAGUUGCUGUUAAGAUGUUGUCUUCUUCGUCGUCUCAAGGAUCCAAUGAAUUCCGUGCUGAGGCUGAGCUCUUGUUGAGAGUUCAUCACCGUAAUCUAGCCCCCUUUGUCGGCUACUGCGACGAUAAUAACAAUAUGGCUCUUAUUUACGAGUACAUGGCCAAUGGAAAUCUCAGAGAUUUCCUUUCAGACAACAACAAGGCCUCCGGUAAAUUGAGUUGGGAGAUGAGAAUUCGUAUCGCAAUUGACGCUGCUCAAGGAUUAGAGUAUUUGCAUCAUGGUUGUAAGCCGCCCAUAGUUCAUAGAGAUGUGAAAUCUGCCAACAUUCUCUUAAGUGAAAAUAUGGAUGCGAAAAUAGCUGAUUUCGGGCUCUCAAAGGCUAUCCCAAGUGAAGAAAUAACUCAUGUAGCAACUGUUGUUAUGGGCACUCGAGGUUAUCUUGAUCCAGAGUACUAUAUAAUGCAAAACUUGACAGAUAAGAGCGAUGUUUACAGUUUUGGAAUAGUUAUGUUAGAGUUGAUAACAGGAAAUCACGCCAUCAUAAAACAAAAAGGGGAAGAAACCAUACAUAUUGUACAAUGGGUGAGGCCAAUGUUGGAAAAGGGAGAGAUAAAUGAGAUUGUGGAUGGAAGGAUGGGAGGCGAGUAUAAUGUGAACUCGAUAUGGAAAGCUUUGGAUGUGGCCGUGACAUGUACUAGAUCCUCUGCCAUUCAAAGAGAAUCAAUGUCUUUUGUUUUAGCAGAGCUUAAGGAGUGUUUGUCAAUGGAGAUGAUUCCACGUCAUAGGUCAGAUUCGUCGUCUCAAUCCCAAUCUACAAAUGUAAGUAGUACCUAUUAUGUAUCGAAUAGUUCGACCGAAGUGUUUACUGGUGACAUUGAUGCUAUAAGUGGUCCUUUAGCUAGAUAGAUUUGUUUUUUUUUUUUGUGUGUGUGUUUUUUGUUUAUUACAAGUCAUGUAUUUACCAUUAUUUUGUUCAUAGAAAUUUUUACAUUUGAA